AGUCGGAAAACUUUGUUAAAUCUCCCCUCUGCCAGCUUUGUGAUCGAGACACAGUCAUCCGAAACAAAAAUUUUGUCACCAAGCUUGAUAAUUACCGCCUCUUCAUCUGCCAUCUUCCGUCCGAGACAGCAAAAUCCAGCAGUUGGCUAUCGCCGUAUUGGCUUCGGACAAUGUGGUAUCAUCUGCGAAAGGCCAGGAAGGGGCUAUGUGAUCAAACUUGCUCGGCCCGCGUACAAAACCGGUCUCUGGGCUGAUUUUCAAUCUCACUUCAUGGUCCGAGAAGCAUUCCAACAAGAGGCCAACACCAACGCCAAGUGUCGUGUACCCAAGCUGUUUUCGUGGGUUCCAGAAACUAAUACCGAGUGGUGGGAUAAGAAUCGUCUCUUAUUCCCAGAAAUUUCUGGUGUAUUGCCUCUUCCAACGCCGGCAUUGAUUACGGAGCAUAUUCUUCCCCUCCCAAGGAUAGCUCGACAGGCACUGAUUGAGAGAUACUGCCCGCCAGAGUUUCAGGCCUCAGUCAGAGCUGAUCCGACCAACCGAGACUGUCUCGCACGGCUAUAUCUUGGAUCUCGACGUCAGAGGCCAGAUCUUCUAUCGCCUAAUUUCACCCUCCGCAAUUUCAACCUACAUCUUGAUCAGAUGCUAGAGCUGGAACUGCCCGUGGUCUUGUUCGCCAGGGCUAUGGGCGAAGCGCUCGCCAUCAUCCAUUGGGCAGCACAUGUUGACGGCUACGAUAUUGAAUUCGUGCUUGGUAGUGAGGGGGACACGGGCACUGGAUAUAGCGAGGAUAUCUCUGUCUCCCUGGACUUGACUCCGGAAUCAGUCCUUGCCAUGUCUUCCCAUGAAGAUCUGGACACUCAAAUGAGAACAAAGUUCAAGCAACGUACUACACGUGAAAUUGGCUUGAACGAGCCCGACGCCUUGAUCUCCCAUCUCGUCAAAGCCUUCUUUGACAAUGAUCCAUAUUACCCGCGACCACGGCGCGAAGGAGAUACCGAGCGGGAGCUAUGGGAUGCAUUUACAACCACGUACUGUCAGAAGGCCGAGCAGAUAAUGAGAGUAGCUGGAAAGGAUCAGAGACUUGUCGACCUGCCAGGCAAAUUCAUCAACGCUUGUGUUUCGUAUGUUGCAUGA